AUGGCCGGCCAGUUCGGGAGCAUCCUGGUCGGCUCCUACCUGGAGAUCAAGCGCAGCGAUGGGCGCAUCCACCCGGCGCUGGUCACGGCGCUGCACCGGGACAGCUCCAGCCUCACCGUGGAGUGGGUCGAGCAGGGGGCCAACAAAGGCAAGAGGGUGGAGCUGCAGCUCGCCUUCGCCCUCAACCCCCACCUGGCCCCCGCCGCGCCCUGCUCCGCCCAGGGCGACCAGAGCCUCCCGGCCGAGCCGGCGGCGACGCCCGCCAAGCUGGAGCAGCCCGGCGGGGACGGCGGGGAGCCGGAGCCCGGCCGGCCCCGCGCGGGGCGCUGCAGCCCCGGCAGGAAAUCGCCGUGCGUGCGGCAGGUGGAGCGGCUGCAGGAGCUGCGCCAGAAGCGGCGGCGGCAGCAGCGGGAGCUGCGGGAGCAGCGAGCCCAGCAGGCGGCCGGCUCGCCGCACCCCAACUACGACGUGAUCUGCAUGAUCCAGGAGUACCGGGGCCGCCUGCUCGGCGGGGCGCUGGGCGGCCCCGAGCCCGGCCCCCAGCACCGGAUCCGCGUCUGCGUCCGCAAGCGGCCGCUCAACCCGCGGGAAGCCGGGCUGCAGGACUUCGACGUGGUGACCGUCCCCUGCCGGGGCGUGGUGGUGGUGCACGAGGCCCGGCAGAGGCUGGACCUCAGCCGCUACCUGGAGAGCCAGACCUUCCGCUUCGACCACGCCUUCGACGAGAGCGCCCCCAACGAGCUGGUGUACAGGCACACGGCCCAGCCGCUGGUGGAGAGCAUCUUCCGCCGGGGUAUGGCCACCUGCUUCGCCUACGGCCAGACGGGCAGCGGCAAGACCCACACCAUGGUGGGAGACCUCUCGGCCAAGGGCCAGGGCUGCCCCAAGGGCAUCUACACCCUGGCAGCCCAGGAUGUCUUCUGCUGGCUGCAGGAGCCCAGCUACAAGCAACUGGAGCUCCAGGUCUACGGGGCUUUCUUUGAGAUCUAUGGGGGCAAGGUGUACGACCUGCUCAACUGGAGGAACCGGCUGAAGGUGCUGGAGGACGGCAAGCAGCAGAUCCAGGUGGUGGGGCUGCAGGAGGAGGAGGUCAGCUGUGUGGGGGAUGUCAUGAAGCUCAUCGAGAUGGGCAACAGGUGCAGGACGUCCGGCCAGACCUCUGCCAACACCCACUCCUCCCGCAGCCAUGCCAUCUUCCAGAUCAUCCUCCGGAAGAGAGGGAAGCUGCACGGCAAGUUUUCCCUGAUUGACUUGGCUGGGAAUGAGAGAGGAGCAGACACUGGCAGUGCGGACAGGCGGACGAGGCUGGAAGGGGCUGAGAUUAACAAGAGUCUCCUGGCACUCAAGGAAUGCAUCAGGGCCCUCGGGCGCAACAAAGCCCAUACCCCAUUCAGGGCUAGCAAACUCACCCAGGUUUUAAGGGACUCGUUCAUAGGGGAGAAUUCAUGCACCUGCAUGAUCGCCACCAUCUCUCCAGGGAUGAGAUCCUGUGAGCACACUCUCAAUACUCUAAGGUACGCCAACAGGGUGAAGGAACUGACGGUAGAUCCUAAUUCCCUUGGACAGUCACAUUCAAUCAUCACCCAGUUCCCAUAUCAGCUGGAUGACCUGAAGAAACCAUGGACUGUACAGAGCUUGCCUGAGACGGAUGAGUUCAAAGUAUUUUGUGUACAGAAAGAGGAGGAAGCCUCUCCUCAGUUGUUUACUUUCAAUGCCAGAGAGAAAGCCCAGAAGAAAAGAAAAGAGUUGGAUGAGAAAGCACUUAUAGAGGAGCACCAGGAAUCUCUUCGAUGGUUGAAAGUAUUCCUGGAAGUGGCUGAAGAAAUAGAUUAUGACGUGGAUUUUUAUGCUGCACAGUUUGAAGCAGUCCUGGGGCAAAAGAUUGGCAUUCUGACUGAGAUCCAAGAUAAAGUGAAAUCAUUCCGGUCAAUCCUACGUAAGGAACAACAUGGCGGCAACCAGAUCAGUGUGAAGAGAUCCCGUGUUCUGUAA